AUGUAUCUUCGACAGCGACAGAAAUGCAGCAAGCUACCUCCAAUCUAUCAAGAUACUGAGUUUAACGAGGACGGAGUGAACAAGGAGAGGUCUGAUAACCUAUGGAAAAGCCUUUUUCCUAGUGGAAACGGUGUUAUUUCUUUGAAUAAAUCCGAGGCAAAGGCAAAUGGGCUCCACGAUACAGCUGUUGAUCCUGUGAACAAAGAAAAUGGCUUGUAUAUUGUUGCUGGUUUCCAUACGAUGCACUGCGUGACUGUUAUCCGCACUGCUCUUUGGCACUAUCAUGAAGGAGAGGAACAGAGUGCCCCUUGGAGUCAUCUGGUACACUGUUUAGAUAUGAUCCGCCAAACUUUGAUGUGCAACUUGGACACCACAGUAAUGUGGCUUUGGGAUCCUGACACAUUUGCUGAUGGGCAAUUACAUGUUUGUAAGGACUUUUGGGGGCUGCAUCAAUGGAUGACAGAGCAUGCUGCAUAUUGA